GGACGGCAUGUGGGGUCUCUUUGAGUCUGUGAUGAGUCUAGCUGAGCCUUUGGGACGGAGGAAGGAGAAGAAGGGCUGUUAGAGCGGAUAAGCGGGGAAAGAGCCCUUGAGCCUCCGGGGAGCGGGCUGCAGGGUCUUCCCGCUCACCCCACCCCGGGGAUUGGCCUCUCUCUCCCCUCCUCUCCUCUCCUCUCCUCUCCCUCCGGCCCGGGAGGGGAGGGGGCUUUGCCAGCGCGCUCUCUGCCACCUCUGCCGCUCCUCCUGCGGCUGCUGAGCGCCUUCGGGUCGGUCUUGCGUCCGGAUUGAGCGGGGCAGGCGGCAUGCGGGGCAAAAGCGGGUAGGAGAAUGAGCGGCAGGAAGCGGCGAGCGGACAAGGCUCAGCUCCGGCGCUCCUUCAGCGAGCAAUUCCGGGAGUCCACGGCCAAGGCUUGGGAUUUACUCUGGAGGAACGUGCGGGAGAGGCGGCUGGCAGAAAUUGAAGCAAAAGAAGCUUGUGACUGGUUGCGAGCUGCUGGAUUCCCACAGUAUGCCCAACUCUAUGAAGAUUCCCAAUUUCCUAUUGACAUUGCUGCUGUAAAGAAAGAUCAUGAUUUUCUUGAAAAGGAUCUUGUAGAACCUCUUUGUAGACGACUGAACACGCUGAAUAAGUGCGCCUCAAUGAAACUCGAUGUGAACUUCCAAAGGAAAAAGAGUGAAGACUCUGAUGAAGAAGAUCUUUGUGCCAUUAGUAACAAAUGGACUUUCCAAAGGACAAGCCGAAGAUGGUCUCGGGUAGAAGACAUUGACACCUUAAUUCAUCAGUCAGGCAAACAUGGCUCCUCGGGAGACACUAAAAUGAAGAUCACCACUAGCAGUGAAAGCGUGCUUACCGAUCUGAGUGAACCUGAGGUAUCAUCUAUUCACAGUGAGAGCAGUGGUGGAAGUGACCACCGGAGUCAAUCUGUAGUCAGUAGCUUUCUCAGGGAGACAUUGGAUGGAUCAGGACAAUACUGUGUAGAAAAUGCUCACGACUCUUGCUCAGCUGGCAAUACUCCUUCCCAGCUUUCAGAUGACUCUUCAAACCUCAGGAAUGAGAAACCAAUGCGAACCAAAGCUAAAACUUUUCUAAAGCGUAUGGAGACACUUAAAAACAAGAGUGCCCAUGGAAAAUUAAAAGGCACCGGGAGGACUAGUGGCUUAAUAAUAAGUAGACCUAUUCUUCAGCAUGAGCCAAAUUUGCAAUGUUUGCAGAUAAGGGAUGGAGACCUCCAAAAUGUAGGGACCCAAGACACAGCCAAACAAGGAUCUCCUUGCUCUGCUAAAUCUAGCAGUGAGAGCAGCCAAUCAGAAAUGAGCAGUAGCGGCAUAAGCACUCCUUCCUUAAAGGAGCGCAAGUAUCAUGAAGCAAAUAAACGAGGUGGGAUGUACCUGGAGGAUCUGGAUGUUCUUGCAGGAGCAGCACUCCGGCAAGUGAUGGAUCAAAACCAUAGAAAUGAAUUUCAUUCCCAAGAGAACCUAGUGGUUCAUAUUCCUAAAGAUCACAAACCCGGAACGUUUCCUAAGGCUCUAUCAAUUGAAAGCCUAUCUCCUACAGACAAUAGCAAUGGUGUAAGCUGGAGGACAGGUGGCGUUUCAUUAAACAACAAGACAGGUUCAACACCCAAAGAAGCCAGUCCUCUUGCUUCCUGCCCAAAGGAGAGUCGUAUUAGCAUUUAUGACAAUGUUCCAGGUUCUCACUUGUAUGCCAGUACUGGAGACCUUCUAGACUUGGAACGAGAAAACUUUUUUCCUCAUCUGGAUGACAUUUUGCAGCAGGUCAAUGGGCUUCAAGAAUCUGUAGAUGAUUGGUCGAAAAAUAUAUUACCAGAAUUGAAAAACAAUGUUUUAUCGGUUGGUGAUUGUAGCUCUUCGUCAUUCCAGUCACCAGCUAAGAUUUCAUUAGAUUUUGAACAGAACUCUGUAAGUGAGGGCCGGACAACGCCUAGUGAUAUGGAUAGAGAUGGAACAUCUCUCAACGAGUCAGAAGUUCCUGGUGUCAGGGACAGAAGAGACUCUGGUGUUGGAGCAUCCCUUACCAGGCCAAACAGGCGAUUACGUUGGCAUAGUUUCCAGAGGUCUCAUCAAAUGUGCCAUCCCAUAGGAUCACACCAAAUCAGUAGUCAGUCAGCUGCUCAGUUAAAUCUACUACAAAAAUUUUCCCUGCUUCGUCUUACUGCCAUCAUGGAAAAGUAUUCCAUGUCAAACAAGCAUGGCUGGACAUGGGCUGUACCAAAGUUCAUGAAGAGGAUGAAAGUUCCCGAUUACAAGGAUAAGAACAUCUUUGGUGUGCCUUUAAUAAUCCAUGUGCAAAGAACAGGGCAACCUCUGCCACAGGGCAUACAGCAAGCACUGCGCUAUUUACGGAACAAUUGCCUGGAUCAGGUGGGUCUUUUCCGGAAGUCGGGUGUCAAGUCUCGAAUACAGGCCCUACGUCAAAUGAAUGAAAGUAACCCUGAAAAUGUCAGCUAUGAAGAUCAGUCGGCAUAUGAUGUGGCUGACAUGGUGAAGCAGUUUUUCAGAGACCUCCCUGAGCCUCUUCUUACCAGCAAGCUAGGAGAAACUUUCCUCCACAUCUAUCAGUAUGUUCCCAAAGAGCAGCGGCUUCAGGCAGUUCAGGCUGCCAUAAUGCUGAUGUCAGAUGAAAACAGGGAGGUUUUGCAGACUCUGCUCUGCUUCCUGAAUGAUGUCACUUCUGUAGAAGAGAAUCAAAUGACUCCCAUGAACAUAGCUGUGUGCUUGGCCCCAUCUCUGUUUCAUCUCAACAUAAUAAAGAAAGACAGCUCCCCACGAGUCAUACAGAAGAAAUACGCAACAGGGAAGCCAGAUCAGAAAGAUCUCAGUGAAAACCUGGCAGCUACUCAGGGACUUGCACACAUGAUAACGGAAUAUGGUAAACUUUUUGAGAUCCCGCAUGAGAUGGUAACCCAAUCCCGUAACUCCUAUAUUGAGGCUGAAGUACAUCCCCCCACGUUACAGGAACUGGGCAAACAAAUGGAUGAAGAAGGUGGAAGUUUCCAGACCUAUCUGGAAGGGCUUGUACAGAACCUCUGUAAAGAAGCUAAGGACAAAUUCAAAGGAUGGGUCACUUGUUCCAGCAUUGAAAAUACAGAUCUCUCCUACAGAAAGGUCGGAGAUGGGAAUCCUCUAAGGCUAUGGAAGGCUUCUGUGGAAGUUGAAGCUCCUCCUUCUGUUGUCUUGAACCGUGUGCUAAGAGAACGGCACCUUUGGGAUGAGGAUUUCUUGCAGUGGAAGGUCAUUGAAACUUUGGAUAAGCAAACUGAGAUCUAUCAAUAUGUUUUGAACAGUAUGGCUCCGCAUCCUUCCAGAGACUUUUCAGUCCUCAGGACCUGGAGAACAGACUUGCCAAAGGGAAUGUGCAUCUUAGUGGCCAUCUCAGUUGAACAUGAAGAAGGUCCUCUGAUGGGAGGUGUGCGGGCAGUUGUUUUGGAUUCCCAGUAUUUAAUAGAGCCUUGUGGGUCAGGAAAAUCUCGUCUGACACAUAUCUGCAGGAUUGACUUCAGAGGUCAUUCAUUAGAAUGGUACAAUAAAGGCUUUGGACAUCUGUGUGCAUCUGAAGUUGCCAAUAUCAGAAAUUCAUUUCAACCCCUGAUUGCUGAAGGACCAGAAACAAAAAUCUGAGUGAUGGAGACCCUGCAUGUAUGGAGUUCCAUGCAUGAACUGGAGCCACUGGAUUUUCAGUCUCCUUUCGCGCCAUAGCUAAGUCAUGCCUUAUUUGGAAGGCUUUGCCGUUGCCUGGAACUGUCACUCAUCCUCAUUUCUCACUUCAGUUGAUUUCCUUAACUUGAGAACAGUUUCUUCAGGCUUUAAAAACAGACUACUGCCAUUGUUGAUAUUGCUUAAAUCAAAUAUUUAAAAGCUUCUGAGAAGCUUAUUUUAAAAUGUACAUAAGAAAUGUAGAAAUGUAAAUAUUGUAUAUGCUCUGUUAUGUAAAUAAUCUAAUUAUAUAUGUAUAUAUAUUAUUAAGUUUUUUAUAUAAGCUGGUGCUUUCUAGAAGAAAUGCUCUACAUUUAUUUGGAAUUUAUUUUCACACUGUUAGAGCUGAAUAUCUCUCAAGCUGUGUGCUGUUAUCAUAAAAAAUAUGACAUUGCAACCAAUUGAAUACUUAAUUGUUCCCCUGUAGCACUAUUUCUAAGAUGAAGCAUGGAGAUAAGCAUAGCAAGAUAAGACUUUGUUAAGUCUUUAAGCAUUGUCAAAAGUCAUGAACAACAGAAUAUUAGGGCAAAUCCUAAUAACGUUAUUGUUGGGUGCUCAAACCUCAAUCUUUUGAUUUAAUCUAUAGCUAGUCUACACUUGCAAUAGAACUCUCCAAAAAGCCGAUUAUUAUUAAUUGUCAACAAAGCUGACUUUGACUUAUGGAUGAGAGCUCUUCAGACUAGACUAUCCUCAACAGCCCUGCUCAGGUCCUGCAAACUCAGUGCCAUGGCUUCCUUAGUCAUAUCUCUUUUUGCAGAAGGCACAAGGGGCAAGCCCUUUGCUCAUUAUCCAAAACCUCCCUUCUGGCAAGUGUCAAACUCCAACAGUGGUCAUUCAGAUCCAGUUGAUCUGUGCUCUAGGGGGAAGAAAAGGGGAAUGUACUCCAUAUGUGAGCACACACUCAUUUCUUCCCUCUUCCAAGACUGGCUGCUCCAUUAUCUGCUUCUCCCUCCCUAUCGGUGGCCACCAGCAGCAAUUUUGAGAGCUUGACAGCCAUUGGAGUAGUACUGCUAAGACACAAAACUGCAUCAUUUGAGUGUUUUCCUCCAUUUGCUCAAUUUAGAAUCUCAGGAAUGUUUUUGGAGAUGAGAGAGAACAUUUAGAUUCCAUCAUGCUGCCAAUGAUAUAGAGUGAGAUGAGACACAAAAUGCAAAAACUAAGCUUUUUAGGGAAGUACAUGCAGAUAUAGCACAGACAUCUGGUCCAUCACUUGAUAUAUCUAAAUCGGUCCAUUGAUUUUACUAAGACUUAUUUAUAACACUUUCUCUGACUUUUUAAAGAGUUCCAAAUAUAUUGGAGGUGGGCAAAACAUGAAUUACAUUCCAUAUGGCCAUUUCGGUGUCUCUCAUCAUCCCUGAGAGAAGAUCACCUUGCCAGAAUUCACACGUCAAACAUCUUUCUAGUCUUCCUUUUCAGGAGUAUAAUCAAGGAGCGCUGGAGCUUCCUGCACCAUGGAGAAUCACCACAGCUGCCACCAGAUGUCAGGAACAGCUGUGCCAAUGGCAAAAACCUCACUGGCUGCCACAAAACCACAGUGGCCAUGGGGUCCUCAUGUAUUGCAAUAAGAUGUCCCAUGCCCACAUCUGGUUUAUAUGAAUAUUUGUGCCAACAUUCUAACAAACACGUUGCAUUUAAGGUCUACAGAAAAACAUACCUAGCAAUUGUUAAUAAAGCAUUACUUCCAGCAAUAUGAGUCACCUUCGUUCUCUCCAUCAUUGUUAAUCAUGGUCCUAAGGUUAAUACAGUAUGACCCCCAAUAUCUAUGGGAGAUACAUUUCUGGAAUUCAUGGGGAUGUGAAGAGGUCUUAGCAGCCAUGUCAAAGCUUUCCAUAACCUGAUUUAUGAUGGAUAUAACCUGAUCUAGGAUGGCCUUGAUCCUAAAUGAGUGACUUGGAAUUAACUUCUCUCCCAUUUCAAUGGGACUGAAUUUUCUAGGAAUAGAACAAGAAAA